AAUGAAACACAAUAAAUCAUUCGCCCUACGAGAUUGCCUUAAGCAAAAUCAAAAGUAUGCAUCAAAAGUGGAAACCCUUUUAAUUGUUUCACCACUGUCAAUAUAUGGCUUAUUUACAUGCAUACAUAAGUUAAAAAAAAAGAUAAAAAAGGGAGAAAUGAAAUAUUAAAAUAUAUAUAUCAAAGAACAGCAUUAAGAAUUUAAGCAAUCAGGUGAAUGGGAUGGUUGAGGAUACGCGUACAAUAUAGUGCAAUACGUGUGGUUUUGUCUUUGAUCUUAAUUUUGUUGAAAGGGCACAUCAAAUAAAAAAGAAAUCAAAUGAUGAAAGAAGGCAGCCUAACUCUAUGUCUCAACACCGUUAUUACUUCUAAAUCGCAAAUUAAAGAGAAAAAAUUGCUCUUCUUUAUAUUUUCAUUAAAUCGCGCCCGUUCUGUUCUUACUUCCGGAAUGGAUUAGAUAGACACAAGAUAGGUACCCAAGCGAUACAUAGAUAAUAAGCAUACAAUGAUGGAAUAUAACAUAGAGCGUAAAUAAAACACGGUUCACCGAGUCUUAAGAAAAGACAUUACCAACUUGCACAUACACACAAACACGACACCGCCAACAAAAUCAGUGGCAGCUAAACCAUUUGAUAAUCACCAUCAUUUAACGAUGACUAAAAAUAUUCAUGAUAAAGCGGACAAUGAACAAGGUGCUCGGGAGCAAGUGGUGGCAUACACCGAAAAAUCACAAGUCAAACACGAAAAUCGUCAUAUUCAAUUGGUGCGCGAAUAUGGAUUUCAUCCGCGUACAAAAGCUAGUGUUAGCGAUGGUGCCGUAUUGCCGAGAAAAUACGAACCAUUUCCAGGAGAUAUGUAUGGCCGGCCAUUAGAAGAAAUAGAUACAUUCAUUUACGAAGAGACAUUUUGUGUGGUAUCGAAACGUUUCAAAAAGAACUACAUUCAUAGAUUUACUGGUACAAAAAGCUUAUUUUUAUUUGAACCAUGGAGCAAAACUCGUCGAAUCUGCGUUUAUAUAGCAACGAACCAAUAUUUCGAUUACGUUGUCAUGGCAACGAUCCUAUUGAAUUGUAUCUUCUUGGCGAUGACAGAGACAGUGGAAGAGGCCGAGUACAUAUUCUUGGCAAUUUACUCAUGCGAAAUGGUUAUCAAAGUUAUUGCCAAAGGUUUUGUUUUGAAUAAAUACACUUAUCUACGUAAUCCAUGGAAUUGGCUUGACUUUGUUGUGAUUACGAGCGGCUAUGCAACAAUAGGCAUGGAAGUUGGUAAUUUGGCUGGCCUUCGAACCUUUCGUGUAUUAAGAGCUCUCAAAACGGUAUCCAUAAUGCCGGGACUCAAAACCAUCAUCAACGCGUUGCUACAUUCAUUUAAACAGUUGGCUGAAGUCAUGACACUGACGAUCUUCUGUCUGAUGGUUUUUGCACUCUUUGCUCUACAGGUGUACAUGGGUGAGCUGAGAAACAAGUGUGUAAAGAAUGUGCCAGACGGUUGGAAUGUAACACACGAAGAAUGGAGAAUGUGGAUUAAUGAUACGGAUAAUUGGAUAUAUGAUGAGGAAGACAUUGAUAGACCAAUGUUAUGCGGAAAUUUAACGGGCGCACGACACUGUCCAACAGGCUAUACCUGCUUAUGUGUUGGCAACAAUCCAAAUCAUGGGUACACAAAUUUCGAUAAUUUCAUGUGGUCGAUGUUAACAACAUUUCAACUAAUAACUCUGGAUUAUUGGGAGAAUGUUUAUAACAUGAUUUUAGCGACGAGCGGACCGAUGAGUGUUACCUUUUUCACUGUUGUCGUGUUUUUCGGUUCAUUUUAUUUAAUCAAUCUAAUGCUAGCCGUCGUUGCGCUUGCAUAUGAAGAGGAAGCGGAAAUUACACUCGAGGAACGGAAAAAAGACUUGCUCGAUCAUCGGGACGAUUCAACGUUCAGCUUCGAUCCUUCCACAUUAACCGUUCGCAAAUUGAAUAAGAACCAUAAAAAGAAAAUCGAUUCUCGAAAAGGUGUUUUGUUGGCCUCUUAUUCUCGUAAAAAAACGCGAAAACGAAAAAAAGGUGGAAAAGAAAAUGACAAUAAUGGAAACAAACAAAUUCAGACACCACAACAACCACAACAACAAUCGUAUGAACAGCAGCAGCAACAGCAAACACAGCAACAGCAAUCACAAGAACAAGAACAACAACAACAUCAACAACAACCGAAUACAAGCCGAUCGAUAACACCAAGUCCUAAUUCGAAUACCAAACAGAUAAUCGCACGACCGCAAGUGUUGGCUGUACAGCGAACCCGAGGUUUACCAUCGUCAUCAACAGCAACUGCAGCAGCAGCCGCAGCAGCACAGGUCGCUUCCAAUCAAAAUCCGAAUGUAUUACAUCCAUUAGGAGUCAAUUAUCGUGGCCAGUUAUUGCCAACAAGUCGACAGGCUAGCUCAAACACCAGCGAAGGUGGUGGUAAUCGAGAAUCAUCUCUCGAUGAUUCUGGUGUUGUUGACGAUCACGAAGAACAAGAUAUUGAAUCAGCCAAUUUACAAACAACCGAUUUACAACGAGAUGUAACACCAUUAACCACCGCACUAUCUCCUCGUGAUAUUCAAAUCAUAAAGUGCAAUGGAAAUAUAACGAAAAUUCGAAAAGACAAUGUAUGCACAUAUCAGCCUGAAUAUCUAUCUCAUAUAGUUAUGCUAGAUGAUCUUCCCGACCGCAACUGUGGCAGAUGCGAGCAAUGUUGCAUCGACUACGAUGGAUGGCUUCAAUUCCAAAAUUGUUUGUACAAAAUAGUUAAGGAUCCGCUUUUUGAACUGGGUAUCACAUUGUGUAUAGUUUUGAAUACACUAUUCUUAGCGUUAGAGCAUCACGGAAUGAGUGAAAUGAAUCGACGUAUUCUGGAUAUUGGAAAUAAGGUUUUCACAUCGAUUUUUGCAUUUGAAUGCAUUGUUAAAUUAAUGGCACUAUCCAAAGAUUUCUUUGGGUGUGGAUGGAAUAUUUUCGAUUUGAUAGUUGUUUCAGCUAGCAUUUGUGACAUUUUUUUGGAGCUGCUCGAAGGUUUGAGCGUUUUACGAGGCUUAAGACUGUUACGGGUGCUUAAGUUAGCUCAAUCAUGGACAACUAUGAAAGUUUUAUUGAGUAUUAUUAUUUCAACAAUUGGCGCUCUGGGAAAUCUUACGUUAAUCUUAGUUAUAGUCAUUUAUAUAUUUGCCGUUAUUGGAAUGCAAUUGUUUUCGAAGGACUACACACCUGAAAAGUUUUUUCCAGAUCCAGUGCCUAGAUGGAAUUUCAACGAUUUUUUUCACUCGUUCAUGAUGAUAUUCCGAAUUUUGUGCGGUGAAUGGAUUGAACCACUGUGGGACUGUAUGCGGGCCGAGGAAAAAGAUGGGGCAUCAACGUGCUUUUUGAUUUUUCUUCCGACACUUGUUAUGGGAAACUUUAUGGUUUUAAAUUUGUUCUUGGCCUUGUUGCUUAAUAGUUUUAAUUCGGAAGAGUUAAAAAAUCGAAAAGAGGAGGUUGGCGAUGAAUCUCGUUUGGCCAGAAGUUUUGAGCGUAUUCGUUCGAUAAUACGAAAACAACGCUUAGGCCGUAGCCAAAGUUCAAAGAUGUCAGAGGUUGUGAGUGAAGUGAUUAAACGCGAAAAGAAACAAAAGCUUCGCAAACAAUAUCCGAAGACGCUUUAUCGUCGAAGUUACGAGGAAUCAUUGAAACGUCCAAUUUCCGGAUCUGAUUUUGGCUAUGAAAUUCCACUGAAAGAUCCACGUUGUUUAGAAGCCAUAAUGUCGAAAGAAGAAUUGACGGCUGAACAAACCACAGAUAUUGAUGCCGAUACACCCGAUGUGGAUAAGACAAAGCUGAAAGAUACGUACGUUUCAAUUGAAAAUGAGAGAAAAUUGUUGCAACAAAUGUCUUCCGGCUGCGGAACACAGCAAAAUGAUAGCAAAGAUGAGCCAACUUAUGCUGAAUCACUGGAGCUGCAGGUGUUCAGUUAUCCCACACAGCCAAAUGAUGGCGAUCCAGAGUCAUUUGUAUUGUUGCCGAGUAGUUUAAAACCGGAUAAUUUAGAUGCCGAUUCGUUAGCAAAAUAUUCAAACGAAAGAAAAGCAAGCACACCAACGAUAUGUGGAUCAAUGGAAAAUGUCUCUCAAAUACCAAAAACAUUGAAAUUGAAAGAAAAUUCAAAUGGUGUCAAUAAAUGUCGAAGUUAUGCAAGCCCAACAUCGCAAUGUUCAAAAUCCGACCGAAAAUUGAGUGUGAGCGGUUCGAUAACACACAACGAAUUCAAUAUACCACGCUUAAUGAGUGAUCAAUCAAUAAAUUCCAUUUCAAAUGAUCACGAGGUGGAAGUUUUCUCGCAGCAAAAUCUUCGCGACGAAUUGCUCAGCUGUGAUAAAAAGGAGCUCUUUCAAUUUCUAAACGAUGACUUCGACAAUAGUCACAACUAUUUCAGCGACACAGUUGGUUAUGGCAGCGCUUUAAUCGAUCCAGACACUGAUAGUUUAAUGUUCGAUUCGAAACGUGAUACCACCUUAUUUUCACCCGUUCGCAAAGCAUCGACAGCAAGCAAUAAAUCGAAUUUAAGCUACAUUUCAAAUUCGAUAUUUGAAGCGCUGGAACAAACACGGGGUGGCAGCAUCAGUGAAUCGAUAGAUCGCAAAUCGCUACGACAAAUUAAAGCAGCAUCAGAAACGUAUCAGCACUGCGAUGAAUUGGAACCAUUGGUGCAGGACUCUGAAUUUGAGAAUAUAAUCGCCAGUUUUGAAAAAGAAUUGUCGAGCAUUAAAAAUUCGACAUGUUCAUUGCAACGUCAAUUAUCUGCAAUUUCUCGUACGCCAGAUACUCAGGCCAAAGGAUCAUUUGAAAAAAGCUCUUCCACAAAUACAUACGAAGAAAUACUUCCAAUGCGACAAAACAACAAUAGCAAUCAAAGUACACGGGACAGUGUUAAAUUGAAGCGUCGCAGUUUAGAAAAACAAAUGAAAAUUGACGAUGAUUUCAAUGUUCCGCACGAAAUCAAGAAGAUUUGUGAUAAUAUGCAGGCACCGUUUGCCGAUUCGCAUAUGAUAUCAAAAGGAAUAAAAGUCGAUCUCAAACAAAGUAACAGUUACUCGGGCGGUUCGACAGAUAUAAUCAUAUCGCCAAAGCCACGUAGACGAAGCGAAUUUCACAAUAGCCUAGAUCGUAUAAAACGGUCAAGUCUUAUUGAUCGAGUCGAUGAAUCAUUGCUGGAAGGUGAUCUGAAUGCGGUUCAACAUCAAGAACAACAACAUUUGUUGUAUCACACACGUAGCGAACGACUUCCAAGAAAAUAUUUAAAUCCUGAUAUGAACAUAGAGAGUUUAUCGUUGAAAAGUACAGGCAGCUAUGAACAUUUGGUUUGUCACACCGAAAAUAAAGAGACGAAAAAGAUUCGAUUCCAGAAAAGUUCGGAAGAUAAUGAAUCAUCGUUGACAGACAAAGAAAAAUGCGAUAAAAAUACAAGUGAUGCUAUUGAUGGUGAUGAGCACAAAGAUAAACAAAAUGCUGUAGCACUUUCAGAUUCAGAUAAACCAUGGCAUUGCCUUGUUUCUUAUGUAGAUGAUUUAACUGUAGGUGGAAGACGUAAUUCAAAAGGGCUAUACGAUGAUCCAAUGCUAUUUCCAAGCUUUGGAAAACGUAAAGCUCCAAAGGUACCUGAUGAUUGUUUCCCACAAAAGUGCUACGAAAGAUGUCCAUGUUGGAGAACUUGUUGUGGUGCUGUCUGUCAAGAAAGAUGGUGUCAAAUGCGAACGGCAGUUUUAUCAGUUGUUGAUACACCUGCAUUCGAAUGGUUUGUUCUCGUAUUGAUAUUUGCCUCAAGCAUAACGCUUUGCUUUGAGGAUAUUUAUCUGGAUUCAAAUGUAAUGCUGAAGCGGCUACUGUACUGGACGAAUUUUAUAUUCAGCAUGAUAUUUGUGGUUGAAAUGGUACUGAAGUGGAUGGCAUUAGGUUUCACACGAUAUUUCACCAGCUUUUGGACCAUUCUCGAUUUUAUCAUUGUAUUUGUGUCAGUAUUUUCUCUGCUCAUUGAAGAAAAUGAAAAUUUGAAAGUGUUGCGGUCAUUGAGAACAUUGCGCGCUUUGCGUCCGCUUCGGGCCAUUUCACGAUGGCAAGGAAUGCGAAUCGUUGUUAAUGCACUGAUGUAUGCCAUUCCAUCCAUUUUCAAUGUACUGCUGGUGUGCCUAGUAUUUUGGUUGAUUUUCUCAAUUAUGGGCGUACAAUUUUUUGGCGGGAAAUUUUUUAAAUGCGUCGAUGAUGAAGGUGUCUUGCUUGACGUUUCGAUUGUGAAAACGCGUACAGAAUGUUUACACAAGAAUUACACGUGGAUCAAUUCAAGAAUAACAUUUGAUCAUGUUGGUAUGGGCUAUUUAGCCCUUUUACAAGUAGCAACAUUCGAAGGAUGGAUGGAGGUGAUGGCUGAUGCUGUCGAUUGUACCGGAGUUGAUUUGCAACCGCAACGUGAGGCUAAUCUUUACGCUUACAUAUAUUUCGUGAUUUUCAUUGUGUGCGGUUCGUUCUUCACUUUAAAUCUAUUCAUCGGUGUUAUUAUCGACAAUUUUAAUAUGCUCAAGAAAAAGUAUGAAGGUGGCGUUCUCGAGAUGUUUUUAACUGAAUCACAGAAGCACUAUUACACCGCCAUGAAAAAAUUGGGUCGAAAAAAGCCACAAAAAGUGAUUAAACGUCCUUUGAAUACGUUUCUCGCAAUGUUUUACGAUCUUUCCAAUUCAAGAAGAUUCGAAAUCGCAAUAUUUGUUCUCAUUUUUUUAAAUAUGCUGACUAUGGGAAUCGAACAUUACGACCAGCCGCAUGCCAUAUUCUUUAUAUUAGAAGUGAGCAACGCGUUUUUUACCACGGUAUUCGGUUUAGAGGCAAUCGUGAAAAUUGUCGGCCUAAGAUAUCACUAUUUCACCGUUCCAUGGAAUGUUUUUGACUUUCUACUUGUGCUCGCAUCGAUUUUCGGCAUUCUAAUGGAAGACGUUAUGAUUGAUUUGCCAAUAUCACCGACCCUAUUGCGCGUUGUUCGUGUCUUUCGCAUUGGACGAAUUCUUCGAUUGAUUAAAGCGGCAAAGGGAAUACGAAAGUUAUUGUUUGCAUUGGUUGUAUCAUUGCCAGCUCUAUUCAAUAUUGGCGCAUUAUUGGCAUUGAUAACAUUUAUUUAUGCAAUUUGUGGAAUGUCAUUGUUUGGUCAUGUUCGUCUGCAAGGCGCCCUCAACGAUAUGGUCAACUUCCAAACAUUUGGCCGAAGUAUGACGCUGUUAUUCCGUCUGAUGACAUCGGCCGGAUGGAAUGAUGUCUUAGAAUCACUUAUGAUUCAACCGCCAAAAUGUAAUCCACAUUUCAAUAAUCAAACGAAUGGCGAUUGUGGUCAUCCGCUUUUGGCAAUCACAUACUUUACCAGCUUUAUCAUCAUCAAUUAUAUGAUUGUCAUUAAUAUGUAUAUUGCAAUCAUUUUGGAGAACUUUAAUCAGGCGCAUCAGGAAGAGGAAAUUGGUAUUGUUGAAGACGAUUUAGAAAUGUUCUACAUUCGAUGGUCCAAAUACGAUCCGCAUGCCACACAAUUCAUUCAUUUCUCUCAAGUAUCGGAUUUCCUUGCAUCGUUGGAUCCACCAUUGGGCAUUCCAAAACCGAAUACAGUCGCCUUGGUAUCAUUCAAUUUGCCAAUUUCGUCGGGCAAUAAGAUUCAUUGCUUGGAUAUUUUGCAUGCGUUAGUGAAACAUGUUUUGGGUCAUGUCGAAGAAACUGAUAACUUCAAACAAUUACAGGAACAAAUGGAUGUUAAAUUCAAGAAACAAUUUCCAACUCGUAAAGAACUAGAAAUUGUUUCGUCGACUCGUAUUUGGAAGCGAGAGGAUAAAGCUGCUAGAACCUUACAAUACGCUUGGAGAGAAUAUUUGAGAUUGAAGAAAGAACGUGAACGUUCACCAUUGUCACAAGAAGACGAGCAUACUCAAACGUCUAGCCCAGGCGGUUGGCAUAGUAAAUUGUCAGCAUUGAAUUUCUUGCAUUUGCAAGUUCAUCGCCGUGGUACAGCAACAUCAAGCCGAGCAUCUUCUCGCAAAUCAUCCAGAGCAUCAGAUGCAUCCGAUUUGAGUGAAUUGGCUGGACCAUGGCUUAAUUUACCUCUUAUGCUUGUCGGUGGUGCCGGUGACAUGCUCAAAGACAUGAAACCACCAGAAGAUGAUAAAAACUCUGAUUCAGGAUCACGAACACCUCGCCGAAAAAGUUUCUAUAACUUCUUUUUACGACAUCAAGAUGCAGUGGACGAUUCUAUAACAUCGCCGUCAGUAAAUAGAAAAGCCGUUAGUCCAAAUGCAUCGAUUGGCCGACCAGUGUCUGCUGCCGAUUCAUUUGACGAAAAACAAACGCAACAGCAACAACAGCCCCAGCAGCAGCAGCAACAACAACAGCAACAAUUACAAACAUCAGCCCCGAUAAAGACAAAACGUGCCACCAGUUUUGUACGUAAAAAGCCACCAUUUGAACGCGGUUUGUCCGCACAAAGUGCCCUCCGAAUAAAUAAGAAUGCUCAUGUUGUUGAUGGUCCUUCAACCACAUCUUCGAACACCAUCAAAGAUGUGAGCAUUUUGGUUACAGAACCAUCUCCUGACAUUCCACCAGCAUCAUCAAUAAGUAGUCUUCAUGUAGAACCACCUAGUACGUUGGUUCAUGUUUUAGUGCACAGAGAAAGUGAAGAAUAUCAAACCGAUUUGGAAGAUAGUAGUAGUCCAGACAAAGAUGAACAAAUGAAAAAGCCCCAAAAAUCCCCGACACAGACGCAAUUGCUUGCAUCGCCCGGUAGAGCAGCAGACGAUUUGGAUUCGGUCAGUAAUAAUGAGAGCAUUGUCAAAAUAAUGGUCGAAAGUCCAAAAGAACCGCCAAAUGUGGAAUUUGGAGUUGCCUUUCCUCAAACAGCAGUCGUCCGAUAUAAGACUGAAACAACACAUGAAAUAGAACAAACUGAUGGUGAAAAUUCACCGACAUCAGUUGUCACAUUGGUAACGGAUAAUAUACAAGAGCCAAUUGAUGUAAAUAUUCCCCGUGACACCACAAACAUUUUCUAUGCAUACGAAGAAACGGAAAUAGACAAUAGUUUUCAAGCACAGCCAGCUCAAUUAGCUGAUUCGUUCAGUGCUUCAAUUCCAGAAACCCAUGACACAAUCGAUACAUCUAAUCUACUCCACAAUAAUCAAUCAGUUAACGAUGACACACAAGCUCCAACAGAAAUGAAUACAUCCGAUAAUCAAACAGCAAACCAGAUCAGUAGUGAUAAUUCUAGAUCAAGUAGCUGACCAACAAAUUAAAAUCCAACAAAAAACUCAUUAACACAAAUCGAUGACAUUUCGUGAGCGCAAAAAAAAUGAAACAAAUACAAAAGACAUCUCUUAAACAUACAAUAAAAAAAACCAAUCUAACAUAGUUGACAAUCUUCUCUUGAGAUCUUCAUACAUUGUAGCAAAAUACUAAGUUUAGAAACGCAUUUUUUUAUUGAAGUCAUAGCAAAAAAAAAUCUGUUUCUUCUAUACAAGACAUUGGAUCAUCAUCUAGUUCAGUAGCGAAAAUCACAGCGCAACUUUUUAUACAUUUACAAAAAAAUCUCCUCUCAUUCAAGCCACAUUAAAAUAAUUAACAAAUACAAAAAAUAUGUAUCAAGAAAAAAAAAAAUUACAUAAAAAUGAGCUGAAAUUCAGACUAAAUCAUAUUUUUAUCUGAUAUCUUUGUCUCUCAUACUCGUAUAUUUUGUUUUUAGAUGCGUUUUUAAGAAUUAAAAAAGAAAAGAAAACAAAAAAAAACUGCUACUUUCCAAUAGAACAAAUGAUAAUAAUAAAUACAUUCUUCUGUAUAUAAAAAAAAGUCUGCAACGCUAAAAUUUAAUUGCCGUUGAUGCAAAUUAUAAGAGACUAUAUUCACAAACACACACACAAAUUUUUAUGGUGUUAACCAAAAUUGAAAAUGAAAAUUUCGCUUCGAAAACCAAAAACCUUUUAAAUGUAGAAAAACCACUAGCUACUUGCAUGCUCAUGCAUUAUAUAAUACAGGUUGGCCCUAACCUUUUUAAAGUUCUUUGAAUAAUUUAGUAACUUUAGUAACUGAAAUUCUGAGAUAGUCAGUAUAUUUAAUGCGGUAAAAAUAAAACUGAAAACAAGUUUCCGACACAAAUGAUAACAAAAAAACACCGCUAAUAGCGCCAUAGCGACAAUGUGAUGAAGAACGCACAGGUCGAUGUAAUGGCACACAUGAGUGAGUACUUGAUAGUAAACCAAAAAAAAGAAACUGAAGAAAAUAAAAAACGAAUUUGUUAUGUAUUUAAUAAAGGGAUUUAUCAAUUAUUAGCGUACAAUAUAGUUUAAUUUGUUAUGACGCAUGAACAAAAACAGCAAACAACAGAAACAACAACAAAACCACAUAAAAAAAUCAAUUUGGAGUUUUUACAAAUUAUAACGUCAAUCUAACGAAAAUUUAAUUAAGAGUUAAUUAACAAUAAAUUUACUUAAUGGCAUACGUAAUCAAUAAACUGUAAUAUAUACAGAGAUAUAAAGUUCAAUGACAAAAACAAAAUGAACUGCAUAGCCCAAAUUGAAAAGACGUUGAAAACAGCAUUCAUCAAUUACUACACGGUACGAGGUGGAACAAUUACAAUCAAUAUCGAAAUUGUUAAUUUCAUAUACGAAUUUUACGCGUAUCAAUCGGCGUGACAAACUCAGAGAGAACAAUUGCUUGUUCAUAAAAAAAGGAGACACAAAGAAUAAACAAACACAAAUAAAACGAAAAUACACUUGAAACGAUACUCUACGUCUGGACCAAAUCCCUUAUCGUAUACAAUUAAAUACUCUUUUUCUCAAAUAUACACGAUCUUACACACACAAACACACACGCACAUACACAUCUUCUUCUGCUUGUGACCCACAUACACACACACCAGAUUCAUUGCUUUUUGCUAUAACACAUCGUCAAUGAUUCUAAUUAUUUUUAUUAAUAUAACACCGAAUACUGCAAAUUGCAAAUACCGUAUACCAUUACCAACAACAAGUACCAACAAUCGAGUUUGUGAGUGUUUAAUCGUAUUUUUCCAGUUCACCAAACAUCCUAUACCCUCCAGCUCCUUAGCCCUCAAAUUUUAAACUAUUUUACCUGCAUGAAUGCAGCCACAAAUUACACGCAAUGAGAAUUUUUAGUAAUUCUCUGAUUAUUUUUGGAAAUCGCUACGCAGAGGUAUAAAUUGUAACAAUAAAUAGACAUUUAUAUAAAAAUGUAUUUAUUAACAUUUUUGUCAGUUUGACAUGAAUUUCGUGUUCAAUUACAAAGAAUGACAGACAAAGAAACACAACAUAAAUAAAUUUAGAACAAAAAUGAUCCAAUUAAC